UUUGGCUUCUUCUUCUUCUUCUUCUUCUUCUCCCUCCCCUUUCUUGUGCCUUUGAACAACUCAUCAACGGUUUCUUAGAGAGACUGUCGCUGUGUGAAAUCUGAAUCUCUCUCUCUCUCUCUCUCUCUCUCUGCGCUGAUCGUUACGUUGCGGAAUGGGACGUGCGCUAUCGCUGAGAUUCCGAAACAUUUUUCGUCCAAAGAAGCUCCGUUACCACCGUAUCUCUAACUUUUCUGAUUCCCAGACUCAACCUCUUCUCGAAAAUCACAAUCAGUUCAAGGAAGCAGAACUGGAACAUGAUGUUCAAGCCUCCUGGGAAAAAUUAUCAGCUCUAGAGAAGGAAAUUGGAGCCUUGAAAUCCAAUCUUUCUAGGCUUGAAACGAAGCUCCAGAUAAAGGCCAAAGAAGGCAAUAAUCAACAUGAAGCAAUCACAAGUCUUGAACAGAAGGUUGACAAACUGAAGAAGCGUCUUGAUGAUCAGAUCAUUUUAGCCCAAACUAAAGCCAAAGAAGCUAGUGAUCGACAAGAAACAAUGACUAGUCUUGAACAGAGGGUUGACAAGUUGAAGAAUUAUGUUGAUGGGAUUAUUUUGGGACAUGAAUAUCAGAGAAAGAUGAACUCUAAUGAAAUUCUUAAACAAGAAGGAGCCACUAUAACAAUAGAAGAAAAUAAUAGCAAUAUGGAAAAGAAAGUUGCAGAGUUGGAAACCAGGGUCAAUGAGAUGACUUCUUCCAUGAUAGAUAUGAUCGCUGAUAUAUCUGAGCCUAAGGAUAAAUAUUCUUCAAACCCUCAGGAGUUAGCCAAUUAA